CUUGAAGAAACAGCUUUAAAUGAAAUCGAUCAACUUAUCGGAAGUUUGGAUGAAUCAGUUAAUAACUCGAUUCCUAUCUUAGAAGAAGAAUUAAAUGAAUCAAAUCCACUUGCGAAAAUAAGGGAAGACCUCCUGCAACCUCUUGAACCUCAGAAAGCCUCUUGA